CAAUUUCGGGUUCUCUGAUUGGUUGAUUUUUCUAUCCUAUGUGGACACCCUCUCCAUGGCUUAUAUCUCCAUUUUAGUAUAGUAUAGAUAUAUAUACAUGUACAUGACUAACUUCAUAAAUAUUAACUGCAAUAAUUUUUUUUCAAAAGUUUAUGGUUUUCUAAAGAAACAUAUUUGGUUCAAUUUAUUGAAUUGAUUGGUGUGUUUUCUUUAAGAAUUCAAGUAUAUGUAAUCAGUUUUAAUAACUUCUAUAGAUUGAUCCGCGCACCCGUGUAGAUAUUAGUUUUUACAUUUUUAUACAUUGAUAUUUAUUUUUCAUAAUUAGUGUUAUAUAUUUUAGAGGUGUCGUAAUAUAAAUAAUUAUAUUCAAAAGACCUGGACCAAAUUAGAUAAAAUAUUUAUUUUUGGUACAAAUAUCCGAACACGUUUCAGAUACAUUUGUUAUUUAUAUAUUUUUGAUUCCUAUACAUCAGAACCAAACUCAUCCAGACCCAUAAAGACCCAACUCAAAAUUCACACAUAAAUUUAUAACUCCAGUGGGAUCUAAUUUUAAAAAAAAAUGAUACCCAAAAACAAUAACCCGUACUUAAAUGGAUAGUCAAUGUUCAUGCCUAACUGAUUUUAUAAACUAAUAAAAAAAUUAUUUCUAUGUGUUUGGAUAGAUUAAGUGAAAUAGAAAGAGUUUGUUAUUUAGUAAAAUAGUUAUAUGGAGUGAAAAAUUAAGUACAAUAAUGUAAUACAUUUUUAUAUUUAAGUUAUUAUUUUAUUUAUAAAAAUUAAGUGCAAUAAAUAUAAUAAUUAUUUUAAAUUUUUUUACUCUGUUAUCUCAGGAUCGGAAAAACCUGGCAAACUAUAAAAAGUCUACGGAAAAAAUCUGCAGCGAGUAUAAAAAUCUAUGACAAAUUAUAAACUUGCUAUAAUAAGACAAAACCCUCCCAAAACAAAUCUGCCAACAGAAAACAAAUCUGCGAACAUAAUUAAAUCAACCAUCAUAUAUGGUAGACAUUUUCUGAAAGUCUGUUAGGGUAUGAAAUCUGCCGCAAUAAGCAUGUGUGAAGAAAUAAAUAUGCCAGAUUAAUAAAAUAUUAAUUGCAUUUCUGUAAAUAUGUUUUUCUUAACUAAAGAAAUAAGGCCAGUCUGGAUAUACAAAACAAUCUAGUAAAUAAAAAAAGUUAUAAGUUAUUCUAGUAAUAAUAACAUGAUUUGGUUUUAUUUAGUAAUCUUCCCUUUAAAUGAACAUCAAAAGAAAAGAAUCUGGAAGGCUCAGUCCCAACUCAAACUUCCAUGAUGUGUUCAUCCAUCGUGAUCUACACUUAACUAGACAUACUAGCUAUCUAGUUCUGUUCUUGUGGAAUGCCUCCCAAUGAGUAAACUAACAGCUCUUUGAGUUAGAAUAGCGGAAAAGACUUGACUUCAGAGAAAUGGAUGGUUUUGUAUUCAAAGCAACUUUGCACUUUUGUGUACCCACUGAACGCAAGAGGUAAAUGAGUGCAAUGGGAGCGAAGAGUCCUCUAUAUUACAGCGGAUGCAUCGGCUCAAAGCUAGCUGAUGCUUAUUUCCCAUCAAAAUAUCAAAUUAUAGAAAGAAACUAUGUAGGUAAUCAUGGUAGCCAUAAACAUAUAGAAUAUUGAAUACGUUUUACUUUUUCUUAAAACCUGAUUUAUGCCUAUGUAUUAUAUAGUCCAAUUUUUAAAAAAUAUAAAUAUUUAUGAGAAAUUAGUUAAUUAAUGAAAUACAAACCAAAUGCUUAUUUUUAUUAAAAUCUAUAUUCUUACAUACAUAAAUAUAAGAAAAUAAGACACCAUAUUUUAAAUAUUUUAAUAAAAUAGUGUUGUAAAUUUAUUAUACUUUUGGUAAUUUAAAAGUAAUGAAAAUGAAUAAAUCAAAUCAUUAAUAUAGAUCCACGCGUAGAACGGACAUAAAACUUAGUUCUAAAAAAUAAAUGCUUGUAAUCACGCUUGUGUGAUAAUCUCUAGAUUUAUUAUUGUUAAUAGUAAUUUGAAGUUUCAAUAAUAAAUGUUAAAAGAAUAAUUGGAUUAACUGUAAAAUCUAAAUAUAUCUCAAAAUGCGCAAUUACAUUGGGUUUAGAAUUAAAAAAAUUAUAAUAUCAAUAUCUUUUAAUGAUUCUGAGAUAUUGCAAUAUAUUUAGCUUGUACAUAUGGGAGUAUGUGUUGUAAGGAUUAAAAAAUCAAGGUUUUUGCAGUAGCAUAACUAGAAUAAAUGAUUAGUUUAACCUAUAAAUUUUUUAAUUAGAAUAUGAUGGCUUAGAAAAUGCUUCCAUAUAAGUUUCUUAAAUUAGAUAAUUGAUUUUAAGAUCAUUAAUACUGUUAACAUUAUAAACAUUGAAGACAAGGAACAUUGUUUUGCCGAGAACUAUAUAUAUAUAGAUGUGUUGAGCUCUUAUCUCCUCAAACAUUUCAUUUUCUGAAAGAUUCUUAGUUAAAAAGUUCAAGUGUUACUAGUCUAGUAAAAUGGAUCCCGAUAUGAUGACAAAAAGGGUGUUAACAGACACCGAUCUUUCCACACAAGGUUGGUUGAUUUUACCAACACAGAAGAUCGAGAACAUAGAAAAGAACCUGGGAUUUACGUUACCCCGAAAUGGUGCUCAGGUGGAAAUUCUGGACAAUGACAAGUCCUAUUGGGUAAACCUUAAUAAAAACAAAGCUGGUUAUUAUAUCGGAGAAGGGUGGAAAAAAUUCAGAGAUGAAAGAGAUCUCAAAACAGGGGAUGUCAUCCAAUUAUAUUGGAAAGAUACAAAAUUCAUUUUCUCUAUGUGCCCAACGGAAGCAAGUCAGAAAGGAGAAAGCAGCUCCUCUAUUGAUCAAUGGGAGAAUAAUAAAUCAUACAUAAAAAUAAAUAAAUAAAUAAAUAAUGCAAAAUAAAUGUUGUUGGGUCAACUUAACAAAAGUUGUAUGAAAAAUAUAAUAAAUGUUACUAUCUGGUUUCAUAAACAGUGUUACUUAGACAUUUUUUACAUAUACUAGAGCUUUUCCCGGGCUACGCCCGGGUUUAUUUUCAUUAAUUUUAAAAUAGUAUGUUAGUAUAUUUAAAGAUAUAGUAUAUACUGAAAACUGUGAUAAAUAUAAAUUACUAAAAUAAAAUUUAAUUAUAAUGCAAACAAAAAUAAUUAUAAAAUCUAUUAUAUUAUCACAGUAGAAAAACAGGUUAAAAUCUCAAUCAUUUUAAAUUUUGAUUUCGUAACUCCUCUGUUCAUUAUAUCUUUCUGAUUCGUAUUGUAUAAUUAGUGGCUAAAAAGUUUAAGUUCUUACCAAGAAAACUA